AUGGGAAGCCAAUCGACAAGACCACUAAGUUUCAUCGACUCUGUUGAGAGUCAAAUCUUAAAGUUCCCUCAAUUGCCUCGACUGCGAUGGCCGAGCUUCAAUCGACCCAAGAAGGAUACCCCCAACGAAUUGAAGCCUGCAGCGACCAAUCAAGAUCCCUCCGUGACACAUGUCUACGCUGGAGGUCAAGCCCCACCCCCUAAUCACCCGGGAAUGCUCCCUCCGCCACACAUGCCGCACCCACCACCUUUAUACCCCCCUCCCAUGCCAUAUGGGAAUCCCUUUGCCCCUUUCCCAAGACCACCGAAUCCCUUCGUGUUCCCGAAUAUCGUAGCUGGUCCCCCGCCCCCUCACGGCUCAACGACCUACUACUCGGGCCCAUCUUCGGGUAGCGGCCGAAAAACGCGUCGACGUCGCCCAAUCUACGACAAUGACUCUCUUGAAGAUGCGUCGACCGAGGACGAACCCGUAUACAUUAAGGUCAAGUCGCGUAAGAGACGACCGAUCGUCAUAGACGAAGAGGAAUUCCUGGGUCGCGGUCAAGAUCAUGGGUCUAGCGAAGAGGGCUCCGAUAGCCCGAAGAUCUCUUUCAAGUCGAGAACGAAACCUCAAGUGGUCUACUUUGAUUCGUCCCGAGAGUACCCAUCAGCUAACGAGAGGAGAAUGUUGCUCAAAAACGAAGAGAUGGUUCAAGACGCACCGUCCUAUCACUCGCCUUCGAUAAGCGCAUUGCACGCGUCGAUCGGAUCUGGGGGCUAUCAACUCAAUUCACGCAUAUCCUCGAGACCCUCGCAACCCGAACUAGUCUUCGUCAACAACAUGGAGGGCUCUGCCGGUCCGUCGUAUAGCUUCGAUGGACAGUCGAGCCAGAAAUUCCGAUCGAAUCAACCGGACUUCCCGGGCCAUUUCGUCCUCCAGAACGUUCGCUCACUCGAGCACCAAGAAGUAAGCUCCGCAUAAUAAGGCUUCCCGAUUCCACCUCACGGGAAAUCCUUUCUAUCGGAGAGCAGCACCAGUGCCCCGACCAUCCGGAUCGUACUCAACUCGAUGAACCAGGACCAAAAACACCAAGGGGCACCCACGACCCCCAACCCAUCUCUGCACAGCCAAGCCCAGAUCCCCUCGCCUCAAUCACAAUCAUCGAUGAAUCAUUUCCAGAUAUUCGAUCCCGCCCAGUCAGUUUUCCACGACAAGGGCUUCCAAUUCGGAGCUAGCUCUAGUUCCGGAUGGGCGCCGCCACCUCUUCCACCACAAGCUCAGAAAGUCUCGGAAUCGGUCAAAGUGGCUCGCAGAUCUUUCCCUACUGGGAAUUUCUCACCGCCCCCAUCAUCACCGCUCCCGCCGUUGAUUGAGCCGUUCAUACCGGGACCUCCUCUGCCACCUCCGCCGCCGUCGCCGCCGCAGAUAUCGCCGACGACCAUGUUCUUGGAGAAGAACAAUCGCAAAAGGAUCUCUUCGCAUCAAGAUCAGGCCUCCUACGCUCGUAAGAGUCAACAAAUCAUAGAAUUUUCUUGCGCAGGGAGACGUUCGGGAUAUUACGCCAAUCGACAGUAUAAGUGUCAGAUAUAUCACCAGUGUUCCAAGAGAACUCUGACGCAGACGUUCAUGUGCCCCAACGGAACGGCUUUCAAUGAGAAACAAAAACUCUGCGAACGCGCACAAAAAGUUGCUUGCGUGCCGGAAGACAGCCGGCAGAAGAUCCGGCCGAUGCUCCCCACUACAGAAGUUCCCCAGAUUUCUUCGAGGAUGGACCAGGGCAGCGCUGACUUCAUCGAGACCAAAAUCACAACCCCGCCGACGAGCCGGAAAACCUCAACAUCGACAACGACAGCGGCCCCGACUCUGACGAAGUACAGUACUUCUGUUUCGUAUUCGCACCGGGUCUCAACGUCUUCAUCUUCAUCGACAGUGGCACCGGCUAAGACCAAACUAUAG